CUGGCCUCACCUCCUACGUGCAUUCAACCUGAUAAGGAUCAGGCCACACGUAUAUUUCUCAGAGGGCAGCCAUUAAUGCGGUCGAGCACCUUCCAUGCACAAAGUCAGCACCUUAAACUCAAUUGAUUAAUCAAUCCAAAGUGCACUAAUUUCAUAACCACCAACUUCAGUAACCCAUAAUCUCAACUGAAUGUUCCCAAAAUCCGAAAAGAUGAAACCUUUCUUGAGAAAUCAGCAACUCUUUCUUACAUUCUGCAGCAUUCAUUCCCUGCCACAGAGUCACUGGCCUGAGAUAUGAUGAGUGGUUCAGGGUUUUUUCCAGCUGUUUUUAACAGCUUCUGGACAAAGAAAUGGUGGGGACUUAGAAAACCAGUGCUCAAAAAUAGCCCACGAAAGGAUGGAUAGUUGGCUCGAGAGGGGAAAAGGAAAACCAUUUUUCUCCCCCCAUUUAAUACCAACAAGUCUAUGUUCAAUGAUUCAGUCAAUAUGGCAAGCAGACGAAAUACCUGCACAAACAAAUUGUCUUAAAACAACAGGCAACCCACAAACCGUUUGAUUUCUAAUGCCAUAAAUUGGUCUUCUUUUUUCCUAUCUUCUUUUGAUAUAACAGGCUGCAAACGGCCACCCUGGUCUGCAUUACCUAAUAGUCUAGCCAAACAUAUGGAUAAUCAUAACAUAGAUGUUGCAUCGCAUGACAAAUGAUCUACUAGAAACUUGUUCCCUCGAUAGACGUGGGUAAGUCGAGUUCUCCGAUCAAAAUCUAACAUUUAAUGGAUCGUUGUAACGCAGAUAUGAUCCGGAAGUGCAUGUUGAUCAACACACUGCAUUAACUGAAAUGUGAAAUGUAACAACAAAGUCCGUCCUAAGAAUUACCCUCUCAAACCUCAUUUCUCAUCGGCUCGACUCUCGAUUGUGGUUCAAUCUCCAAGAACCAUCCUAAAUUCCUUAACAAAUUAACUAUCCUCUUUUCUAAAUAUACUCCCUUCCAUGUUAGUUUUUAGCUUAUUACAAACAAAAAGCAGUAGGCCAUAGCAUUCAGCUAGACACAAUAGCAGACCCAUGUGUACCAUCACCACCAAGCCCUUCACCUGGUGUGUCUCUUAUUAUUCCUCUCCUAUAGCUUCCAUAAUUAGCUCUUGUCAGCCAUGGAUUUCUUCAAAGUUCAAAAACCCACCAGCUUCAAGUCGUUGCUAUAUAAAUGUGGCCAUUGCUAGCUGCACAAAUUAUAUAGUAUUCCACUUAACCAAAACCAGAAAAAAAAAACCAAACCAAACCCUACCCUGCCACUCCUCUGUUUUACUCUGUUUUCCCAAACAUGGGGAUUCAAUUACAAGGAUUCGCUCACCAUGCCAAGCAGAAGCUGCAGCGAACCUUAUCGGCGCGACUAGCGAGCGUCAUGGCGGCGACGUGCAACAAUGUGCCAAAGGGGCACGUUGCAGUUUACGUUGGAGAAGAAGGGUACAGGAAGAGAUUCAUCAUCCCUGUGACGUAUCUGAACCAUCCUCUGUUUCAAAUCUUGUUGAAUCGAGCCGAGGAGGAGUUCGGGUUCGACCACCCAAUGGGUGGUCUGACCAUUCCUUGCAGUGAAGAGUACUUCAUUAAUUUAAUUUCAGCAUUGAACUGCUGAGUUCAUUCAUUUGUCUUUUGGGGCAGUAUAUGUUCCUGGGAAGAAAAAGAAUGAUCAGGAAAAGUAGUGUAUUCCAUUUUUUUUAAGUGUGUGAUGAGUUUCUAAGAGAUGGACAUUCUUCAAGCAAGUUUUGUUGUCUCUUCAGUUUUGUGGGCACAAGAAAGUGCAAGUGCUCAAUGUGAUGUGUAAAUUAGUGAAUGAUGGGAAUAAAUAACUUGCCUAUUGGUAAUUCGAGAAUGACGAUAUCGGUCUUAUUGGAGUUUACGGUUUGGAGUUGUCGAUCAUCUUGUAAAUAAACGAGGGCUCUCAUUUGUCGAUAGUUGUCUUUGGAAAGAAGAAGAUAUUUGAGGGAGGGGGGGAUGAAAUACUUCUAUGUCGCUCGAGUUGUGAUAGUUUCGACGAAAAUAGGUUAAACCCUCUUUAAAAAACACAAAAAAACACGACCCAACAUUUGCAUAGUGGAAAUGGGGGUAUUUUGGAUUUAUUUAUCUUAAAUUUCAUUUGAGCUUAUUUGGUGGGAAGAUUACUUUUGUGGCAACCAUUCCAAGUUAUAUUCUUUUGUUUCGGUUUGUCCAACGUAUGAUAAAAUUCCAUUAUGAAUGUUGUCACGUCCUCUGUUUCACACAUAUACAUUCAAGUUGGAUGAAAGAUUAUACAAAAUUCGAAACUCAAAUAUUUUUUUCACGUCGUCUUUUCAAACGAAUUAAACUACGAGGAAGCUACAACAUGUACAUUGUCCUGACACCAAAUGAUAAAUUUGGGUGUUAUCUUGAAGAGAACUCUGCACACACACCCAACAAAAAGCAGCUUCAAGUACUAAACAUAGUAAAACAGAGCACAUGCUCACCACAUGAAAAGAGAUCUUGAGAAGGCCUUCAAGUGGAGCAAUUUGUUUGGCCAUCAAAACUAUGCUCUCCUCCUCAAUGAUUGAUUAACUUAUUGGGAAGUUGGAACCCUAAGAAUAUCAUUUCCUUUAUGAAGAUAUCCCAAUCCCCAAGAACAGCAAUCUAUUUAGAAAGGAUAAAUAGAAAGAAAGUAUAGCCUUCUGACACAAAACCAAACCGUUUUUCUUGAUUUCUCCAUCUGAUGUACUGACACAACCCAAACCCCCCAAGUAGUUUUUGUUUGUUUAACCUUUGACGUAAGAAAGUCCAAGUUUCACAACUUGACUCCUCGACUACUGUGUUAGAAGGUGGAUAUUGGGUUGAUCUCAUUCGUUCUAUCUUAUUUGUUUUAAAUGGAUCAUGUCUAUUUCGUAGGUGGAGCAGGAAGAGAAUGAGUACUUUUUCGACUUGAUAUGUCAUGGUACACCAUAUUUUUUACUCUUUUUAUCGAAAUUGUACAUAAUUUUACUUAAAUUACUUAGAAUUUUACUUUUGUUACGUCAUAAUAAAGGUGUAAAUAUAUGAGAAUUUCGAUUUCUCGAACAAUUUGAUUAUAUUUAUCAUGUCAGAGUUUGUUUCUUGAUGUUUUAAUGAAAUAUUGAUGUUUUU